AUGGAACAGGCCAGGAGGUCUGGUGUCGGUUUAGCCUUCGACCAUGGCAGCCUGCGCGUGGAUGAGAUCCUGGAGGGGUACUCUGCCAUGUAUAGCCACAUCGUUGAGAAAGGAGACAAGCUUGUGUUCGUUCAAGGCGUUCCCGGACAGGGCGAUGCACAGUUUCCCAACAACGAAUUUGCCAAGUUGUUUGGAGAAGCCAUUCCAGGAAGACAAGGAACGUUUGUGAAGAUGGGGUUUGAGUGCUCCAAUCCAAGACACAGAGAUGUCGAAGACACUUUGUACAGCAAAGAAUUCUCCUCCUCGUGGGACCACAAGGCAUUCCAUGUGCUACUGAUGCGGGGAACCCGUCAGUAUCUCCUCCUUGUCAGCAGAAGACUUUUGCUCGAGCGAACUGUCCAAGAGUUCAAAAUCCUCAACGAGAAACUACGGGGGAUGCUCGGCAUGAGAACUUUUAACCCUUCAUCGGUCUCGAUGACUACAGAAGAGCUGAUAAGUUCGAUCUACGUGAACAAAGACAUGAUCUCGCACAAGUCAGAGCGCGUGAACGUUGUCGAAGCUUUUGGUGUCUUCGACAGGGAAACGAACUCUGUUAUGGGGCAAACUCGAGAGUUCAUGAUGCAGGAAAGCUACCUUGCUGUCUUGGUCCUCUGUGUGAACUGUUUGCAUGACAGCCAAGUAUCUGCUAGAUUCCAAAAGCUUCCAGGCGCCCAGUCUGCGUUCGAGUGGUUGAGGGAAGCAAGGAAGGAGCAAGAUCUCCUGCAAGAGAGGAGUGAAGCGCGGCAGCGUUGCAAGGAGCUACUUUCUCGCCUGCAAGGGAUUGUUGCGAAGCUGAAGAAGCUGGAAGAUCAGCAGACGGGCAUCGAUGUGGAAACGGUGAAGGGAGAAAAAAGCUUGAGGAUGAGGGAGCUUGAGAAGAGGAUCGAGGAGGCAAGGACGAGGCAGAAGGAGGCGAUAGAGGAAUUUGAGAAGCAGCACAGGAGGAGGCGAGAUGCGGAGCUGAGAAUAGGAAAAGUGGGAAUGGCGUCACGGGCCAUGGGGGGUCAGACGAGUUAA